AUAUAUGGAGCCGUCCACUGUUCUCCAAAUUCCUUCUUAUUUUAGUCUUUUUGCGGAAUCUUGUACAACAACGCGGCCCCCCACGACCCAUCUCCUCCAUUUUCAUUAUCUUCUUCCUCAUUCUGCGCCUAACGCGCUUUCAUUGAUUAUCUUCUUCCAGGGGUUUUGAGGACAAUGAGCGAUCAUCUCGUCCUGUAUGUUGACCAUUUGAUUCGACCUGUUGCUCCUGUUCAACCUGUGUCCGACCCGGUUGAUCCUCUCCCUUCUGCACCUCGUGAGGCUGUCGCGAACUCCCCUGCGGCUGCGGCUGGUCCUUCGUGUUCUACUGCAACUGCCGAUGAUCGGACGGUGGAACAGGAUGCACCCAAUGAGGAGGAGCCUUUGAUUCAGGCGGCUGAGUGCCGCAUUUGUCAGGAAGAAGACAGUCUCAAUAAUUUAGAAACUCCUUGUGCAUGUAGUGGUAGUCUUAAGUAUGCUCAUAGAAAGUGCGUUCAACAUUGGUGCAAUGAGAAAGGGGACAUAACUUGUGAGAUAUGUCAUCAGUCUUAUCAACCUGGAUAUACUGCACCACCUCGUUCUGAAGAAACUGCUAUUGAUAUUGAGGGAAGAUGGACUAUUGCUGGUAACCCAAUAGACCUGAGAGAUACUCGGCUAUUGGCCAUUGCAGAGGCGGAACGACAUUUCUUGGAAGCUGAGUAUGAUGAUUAUGCUGCUUCAAAUGACAGUGGAGCUGCAUUUUGUCGAUCCGCUGCUCUUAUUCUACUAGCCCUUCUCCUUCUACGGCAUGCAUUGACCAUAACAGAUCCUGAUGGCGAUGAUGAUGCAUCUGCCUUUUUCUCUAUUUUCUUGCUUCGUGCUGCUGGUUUUCUUUUACCCUGCUACAUCAUGGCUUGGGCCAUUAGUAUCUUGCAACGUCGAAGACAAAGACAGGAGGCUGCAGCACUGGCUGCAACACAGGUGGCCUUUGUAUUACAACAUGGACAGCAUAGAGGUUUACAAUUUGCAAUUGCAUCAGCAGGACCGCCCCUCACCCCUCACCCUCAUCCUCACCCUCACACUGCCGUUUGAACCUCAAUCAAUCGUGUAAUAAUACAAUAAUUUCAUACAUGGAAAACCUUUUUUCUACUUGCUCUCAUCAUUCUUUGCUCCCGACCCAAAUUUUCGCGUCUCUAAUCUCUGGAUUAUUUUGGGUUUUCAAAAAUCAGGUACCCUCAUUAACGAACUUCUAUCAUUUUCAUCUAUUUUGCGGCCAACCUAUUAUGUGUUCAUAUUCUAGGGAGCUAAGCAGAGAACCUCUUGUAAACCGUGUAUUAUGUACAUUUUGUAUUAAUAUGGUAAACAAGAAGAUAGUUAGAAGGAAAAGUAGGGGAUUUCCUCAUGUACUAUCUUUCCUUCAAAGAAUUUCCUGUUUCUUGUGCAAUUUGUUGGCGAUCAAGACGGUGGUAUAUAAAUUUUAAAUCAAAGUAGUUUUAGGGUUUUCUUUUUCAA